GCGGUGCGAUGGGCGGGUGGAGGUGAGGCUGGAGGAGAUACAGAGGUUCAGACUGACGGUCAGGGGGGCGCAGUGAGGGUUUACCACGUCCACACCCCGUUUGAUCCUCCCAACACAGAGCAGACCUCAGCGACUCAGGUCCCAAUAGUGUUCACAGGCGCGGCGGGAGGCCUGGGCUCGGCCGCCGACAAUUCAGAAGGCAGGCAGAAGUAUGUGAGCUAUGACAGGUCUCUGGGGCGUUCUCCCGGCAUGGCGACCUGCCCCACCUGCCAGAAGCAGGUCAUGACCGAGGUCUCCUACGAAGCGGGAAGGUUCGCCUGGCUGAUGUGCCUGCUCUUCAUCUGCUGCGGGUUAAUCCUACUCUGCUGCCUGAUCCCCUUUUUUGUGAAAACCUUCAAGGACGUGGUGCACACAUGCCCCAACUGCAAAAGAGUGCUGCAUGUGGAGAAGAAGAAAUGCUGUCAA